AUGGCGCUGGUGGUCUUUUGCCCCAGUGGCCUAACACUUAGACUUUGUGGGGUGGAGGCAAUGCUUAGUCACUCCAACAGACAUCAGUGGAACAGUGGAACAGUUGAACAGGAAGGCCCGGUUUCCCAGCUAGUCAAGAUGGUAGCUGCGUGUCUAUGGGGCGGUGUUGGGGGUUUGGAUUGGUUCGUCCCCUCUACCAAUCGAGCUCUUUUGCCCCCAGUGGCGUGCUACAGUUUUAUUGUUGUUGUUAUUGGCUACUUUGGGCAUUCUGGUAGCGAGAACAUAAUAAGGAAAGGAAAGAAUAAACAGGUGAGAAAUGCGAGUGUUGAAACACACCAAGAUAGAGUUAUCCACGGGUCGCGUUAUCGAUGUCCCCCUUCAACCUCUGAUGUUUCUCUGCACAUGUGA